AUGUCUCCUUUAGGAAAGGGAGAUGUGUCGGCAAGGGAUAAAAAGUACUUGAGUAAUGUGCAAAAAACUAUUGCUAGUUUUGCCUCUGUGGUUGAAUGGGCUGAUUACAUCUCUUUCCUAGGACGACUACAGAAGGCUCUUCAGAGCAACCCUUCCAAGGAUACCCAUUGGAUCCCUGAAGCUUACCAAGUUUCCAAGCUAUUGAGCCAAUGCUUGUCAAAUACUCUACCAAAUGGAGUACACAAAAAGUGUUUGGAGCUUUAUCACGACAUUUUUAUCAUGCUUGGCCAGGAGAAACUGGGACAAGACAUUUCCAUAUGGCUUCCGGGCCUGCUGCCAUUAAUGAACUAUGCCAGUAUCACAGUGAGACCCCAAUUGAUCGAUUUGUUCUCCUCUUUUGUGGCAAAAAUAGCGCCAGCUUAUCUUCAUCCCGUUUUAAGGGCUUUGUUACUGGGAAUCUGGCCCGCUCUGGAUGAUCCCACCUCUGAAUGUUUCGAAUCUGCUUUCCAGCUGGUGGACAAUCUGAAAAAAGCAGUAGAUGAUAACGAACACUUCUGGAAGUGUCUAUUCUUGUCCAUUAUUAACUCUGGUGAUAGAAAACUUGGUGCCUUAUUCCAGAACGAGAACAUAUUAGCUCUUUUGUCUAGUGAAGCAAGAGAAUGUGUGAAUCCAGAGCCCGGUUUGCUUAUUACUGCCAUGUGUAAGGGUCUUCAAGACGAGAGUAUUUUCGUUCAACGAGGAUUUUUUGAUUUGUUGACAUCCCGUCUGGAAUUGCGAUCAGAUGUCAUUCAGAAACUGGCUUCACAAUCAGAUAAGGAAAAAUUGCUGUUAACCGCUACUUCUACCGUUUUGAAAAAGGAUAUGUCGUUGAAUAGACGACUUUGGUUUUGGUUAUUGGGCCCGGAAACAUCUGAAUCGUCUCCAACUUCACGCUCAGAAUACUUUAAAAAUUAUGGUUUGGAGAUAUUGACAUCCAGCCUUUUGAAACUUCUAGAUGGAAACUUUACAGGUGAAUCUAUUCAUGCCCAAAAGUUACAAAGUUUCAAAAUAUCACUUGCGGUGCUGGACAAAUGGGAAAUUGCGCAGUUUGUAAUACCAAGAAUAUUCCUUCCUUCACUGGAAGCCUGCAAGGAAACCGCAACACCUGAAAUUUUAAUGGGAUUUGGAUCAUUAUUUGAUAGUGUCGAAGCAGUUGACAUCUGGUCAGAUUUUAUAAAAUUGAUUGAGACUAAGAAUUAUGAGCUUAUGAAAUUCAUGCUGAAAAAUUUCAACAUUGAUGAUGAAGACAUGAUUGUACGGCAUGUUCCUUUGGUAUUGAUCACAAUCUUAAUAUCAGCAGGCUCAGCAGUUGACUCUGAAUAUGGUUCUUGGAUCGAGAUUGCACGCAUCAUUUCAAAUAUCAUACCCGCUCGAGCUUACCUCCCAUUAGAACAUGCAGACGCAGAGGACCAAUCAGUUGAGAACAUUAAAGAAAAUAUAGAUAAGUUCUACUCUGAGAAGACAGAUUCCUUACCGUAUAAUCCUGCAACGGUAGCAGAUAUCACCUACAAUCUAUUAAAGACAUUGGUUUCAAAACAGUUGAACUCUUCAGCAGGUCAUCUUGCCUUUACGAGUGAUCUUCUAGCGGAUUUCGUAGAGAGACUGCCAACCACAGAAGAGUCCCCCAAAUUGGUCAACGAUCAGCUGAUACAACAGAUCGUUGAUUUGCCCUUCAACAAUGAUUUAAACAUUGACUUAUCAUUUGGUCUCAUCAAAUUGGUACCAUAUCUCUCAUCAAUUGCUACUCAUUUUCAACUACUGCAACUUUUGAAAAAAAUCAUCGGUUCAUUGUGGCCAAUAAUUUGUGAUCCAAGAGGUAUUUUCCAGGUUGAAGUUGUCAAUUCGAUUACAAAGCUAGAAAUUUUCGUUGACCCUCAUUGUAUCGAAGGAGAGUUGGCAUAUCUUUUUCUUAGCUCCGAAUUCCCGUUCCCUGAUAAACUUCGUGCAGUUGCUACUUUAUGGACUCACACCAACACCAUUAGUGGAUCUAGUACUGAUAGCAUCCUAUCAAGAAGUUUGGAGUUAGUGGUAGACAACUUAGCCGAGAAAAGGAGCCCCCGUUACGUUAUGGUUUCAAAAUGGAUAGACAACCUGUUGCGAUCUAGUAGUAUUAACAGGCUGUAUAAAAACCUUGUCAAUCCAAUACUCACCAGCAAUCGUUUUUUAUCAACUGGUGAAAUAACAGACGAGGACGAUUUAGCAUUGUUUGCCUAUCAGAUUGAAACGAUAAUUAACCUAUUAACUCUGGAGUCAAGCAGUAUUCAAGAUUCGUUCGCAAACGAGCUAUGUGUCUUGGAUUCGGAUGAAGAGAUUCACAUUGUAAACACAAACAAUUGGAACGUCGACACUUAUAAAAUGCUUCUUGUGAAUAUAUUAAAACAGUUCAUAUCAAUACCAAAGGUUGCAAGCGACAUUCAAGACUAUGAACGGUGCACGAUAUCGGUAGUUUCACUGCUAGAACUUCUUAUUGAUGGAGAAGAGAAAGUGUUUUCAGAGAUUGUUGAGUAUUUAUUGGAAGCUAUCCCAAGCUCACCCGUAAUUUACUUGGAAUGUUUGACAAAGCUGUUAUCUCUAGCCCAUUCAAAGCAUAUCGGGAUUUCAAUUUUUGAGGUAAGGGAUGAUAGUUGCCUUUUCAUAGAUUUCCUCAAACAAAGAAUAGCAACAUCCCGAGAUAUUGUGGAGAUAGAAUGCUUAAUGCAGCUAGUCUCUCAAUGUUCUCUCUUUCUAAACGACAGCAUAUUUUCGAUUGUGGUUCCUCUUACAUCCACAAUUUGCCGUAGGUUGUCAGAUGAUUUUGAAAGCUACAAAAGUUAUGUUACUGGAGAUAUUUACAGCGUUGACAGUAAACAGUUGACUCCUGAUUUAGAACAGAUCAUCCCGUUACUUAUGAAUGGUUUAGAAGAUCUUCUAACAUCUACGCAUGGUUAUUGGAAAGCUACUGAAGCAUCAGAGUCUGUUGAUCUAAGCAAGAACGCGAAUGAUCAAGGUUUCUUUGGUUCAAUGAUCAAUGGUGUAUUCCAGGCAGGCGGGAAUAAGGAUCUCUCAGUUUCCAUCUCGGAUAACUCAAAUGAAGCCAGCUCCAUUACAGAUCUGGGUCUGACUAUCAGUUAUGCUGCCUCAACUCUGAAGUAUCGUCCAAAAAAACUAUUGGGAACACUUUACGGUUUGGAAAGUAUUGAGACUUUAGAAUCCCUUGUCUCAUUUAGGAUCACCAAUAGUUCUAUUUUCAAAUUGAUUCAUAUUUUGGAUGGUGCCAAACAUGACUUGGCUUUACAGUUCCUUUUGAACUCGUUGACAUCACGGGUAUUUCCAAAUUCAUUAGAUGAAGAUCAAGUUUCAACAUUAAAUAUUGAACUUACAGAACAUGAAAUAGUGACAUUUAUACUGGGAUACUGUCAAUCAUUAGACAACGAUAGCAUUGAAGACAUUUGGCUUACAUUUACCCAGUUUUUAAAAGACGUGGAGUCUAACAAUGUACUUUAUAGGCAAACCCUGCCUGGUCUUAUAAAGAUCACUCAUUCCAUCGGUGUAAAGAACACACAUACCAGAUUUGGAGAGCAAAAGAAGAUCAAGAGAGAAUUAAGUGAUCACUUUGUAAAAUUAUUGAAUUUCUCUAUUAAUGCAAGAUUAGAUCAUUUUGAAGAUAUAGGUGAUGACUCGGGCAAAGUUUUGAGGUCCAGCGAGUUAUGUGAAGCUAUGAAAGACGUUUCGCCUAAACUAACCCAAUUGAUCACCGACAGAGAUAAGCUUUCCGGGAUUGUAUCAUCCUUGAUUUCAAAUGUAUUACAACCAAUUGUCAAAUCAAAAAGCAUUCCAAAUAUUCCUGAUUUAGUCCUUGAGCUGAUUCUAGCUUGGACCGAAAACGGCUGUCUUGAAUUCAAAAGUUGGAAGGGCUUCUUAGGAGAUGUGCUAAACGAUACUGACUUCUUCAAAGUUCAGCCUUCACAGCGGGAAUAUUGGGAUAGGAUAUUUGUCAAGUAUAUUGGUGCUGAGUCAGAGAAAAUGGCUGAGCUUGUUACUAAGUUCCAAAGCCUCAACAAUAGCAACAACUUGUUUAAUUGGAACGAUGCAGAAAUAAGGGGUCGCUCGUUGCUGGUAAAAAGAAUAUGCUACUUGAUACUAAUUGGUCCUCAGGAUACUUUCAUGGAUUCGUUGAAAGAAAUUAUGUUCAGGUUGAAUGAAAUUAUAAAAGAUUCAACCAUGAAGCCACUGCUGUUUCUCACGCUCAGAAUAUUGGUACUAAAGUUUAGUCCUAUUCACCUCUCACCUUAUUGGACUUUGAUUGUUAGUCAGAUGGAGGAAUUGCUGCUCGAUGUUUUGGAGAAGUCAACACUUCUUGAUGGGGCUGUUGAAAAAGAUCACAAUCAUGGAAAUGGUAAACAUAAACUUAGAAAAGAGGCUGCCAGGCCAGAGCUGGAAAUCGAUCUAGAUUCUUUAUUGAGUGGAUGCAAGCUGUUGGAUGUUUUAAUAAUGAUGAAGCCAGAAGAGUUCCAGCUGUCGGAAUGGCUGUUUAUUCAAGACUCUGCUUUAUCACAGUCAGACGAUAAGACUGACACAGCAAUACCAGCAUUAAUUGAGAGAUUGUCCCAUAUUAAGGACCUGAAUCGUUACUCUGUGCUAAAAUCUCUCAAUUAUGAGCUAACGGAGAAAACCAGGAGAAAGCCAUUGUUGGAAGGAAUAAACACUAUCGACAAUAUAGGAGAACUAAAAGAGUUUUUCGAUAGUUUGAGCUUCCAUGACUUUGAGUGCAACUACAAUAUCAAUGCACCUGAUUAUGAUGCCCCCAUAGCAGACAGUUUUGCUGAUGUCUUUGAGGCAUCUACCUUCGAAUAA